AUGGAUACCCGCGGACCUGAAGUCCUCGCUGGGACUUCUACUCCUCAGCAUGCAUUUGGCUACUUCCUGUCAUGCAUAGACUCGCCCUACGAGCCUGCUCCCGCACCUCCCCCAGGUCCCGCUCUCCUUGACGAUAAUGAGUCGAACAUGCUCGAUAAUUUCUUCACAACUUUAAACUCCAAUCACCUCGAUACUACUGAUUUUUGGAUGGGUGGCCACCAGAACAAAUCUAUGGGAACGGCAUUCAACUUUGAAUGGGCGGACGAGCUCCCUCCCACGUUUAAGGGAUCCACGACAUCGCUUUCACAACCGCUUCCUCGCCAUACACUGGAUGGUAAAAACAGCUUCGGCUUGCUGAACAGUGAUGAUGUGGUCGCAGCCACCUCUGUCAUUUACUCCAACGAUGGAGCACAUGGGGAUUUUGGUUCCUCCAUGGCCCAUCAACACUUUCUCGGGCCUGCCGUAUCUGGUGCUUACAAGUACUGCUCCGGCAAGCAGACUAAGAAUGCGCAACAAACGAGUCACGAUGCACCUAAGGAUUCUCGCAUGAGCGUUCCACGUGGCUUUCACGCACCAGAGAUGCUCUUUGAUGAGCACCGACCGAGUCUCGCAGACCAGCAGGCCAAGAAAAUAAGAACUCUUCAAUGGGGUUCCGAUAUAAGCUUCAUGAACCAGGUUUACGUGCCACCACCGGACAGCGGGGACGAAACGUCCCACCUGCUUGAAUACAUGCGGUGUUUGGAACCACAGGCGAGUGUUCCCAACACCCGACAACCCAGCCCUGAGAGGCCAAGCUCUCCCCGCGCCUCGCACUCCGCGUGGAAUAUAUCUAAUGACACUACUCGGAUCCACCGCUCACGAGUCGAAAACGAGAACCAAGAGGAUGAUGGGACCCAGCCGCGUAAGCGGCAAAAGCUUUCUCUAAAGCGUGAAGACGACGAAGACUCGGACACAAGUAGCCCGAGACCAAGAAGAAAAUCACAAAGCUCGAAUACCAUCAAGGCUAGGCGGGCUUCGAAUGAUGCGUCAUCCCGGAAAUCUAGGCAGUCGAACAGCGUAAAGCCUGCGCGGGAAAACCUGACGGAAGAACAGAAACGAACCAACCACAUUCUGUCGGAACAGAAACGACGCAAUCUCAUCAGGCAAGGCUUUGAUGAGCUGUGUUCGUUAGUACCCGGCUUAAAGGGUGGGGGGUUCAGCAAAAGUGCCAUGCUUAUUCAAACUGCCGACUGGUUAGAAGAGGUCUUACGUGGCAACGAGAUGCUCCGAGAACAGCUAGCUGAGAUGAAAACUAUGAACGGUCUGGUUAUGCCACGAUAA